CUGAAGAACCAAAACAUGACAAGUAAUCACUGCCAUUACUGCAUGGAAUCCCUUCUUGGCAGGAGGUAUGCAUUUAGAGAAGAGAAUUCUUACUGUGUUACAUGUUAUGAUGGCCUAUUUGCUAACUCCUGUGAAGAAUGCAAGAAGCCCAUUGAAUGUGAUGCCAAGGAUCUCGCCUAUAAAGGCCGUCACUGGCAUGAAGCGUGCUUCAAGUGUGCCAGAUGCAAUCACUCUUUGGUGGAAAAGCCUUUUGCUGCCAAGGAUGAGCUCUUGCUGUGUACUCAGUGUUAUUCUAAUGAGUAUUCAUCGAAGUGCUUCCACUGUCAGAAGGCCAUUAUGCCUGGUAAGAUAACAAGGACUCUUCGCUACUUCUGUGAAAUGAUGAUAACUACUGGUGGAGUGACAUACCACGACCAGCCAUGGCACAAAGAAUGCUUUCUGUGUGCUGGAUGUAAGAAGCAGCUGUCUGGGCAAAAGUUUAUUUCCAAAGAUGACCAUCCAUACUGCCUAGACUGCUUCAGAAAGCUUUAUGCAAAGAAGUGUGCAGCCUGCAACAAACCCAUUACUGCUCUUGGAGGUGCCAAAUUUAUCUCAUUUGAAGAGCGCCAGUGGCACAGUGACUGCUUUAAUUGUGUGAAAUGUUCCAUUUCGCUGGUGGGACAAGGAUUCCUCACCCAGCAAGAUGACAUCCUCUGUCGCGAAUGUGGUUCGGCUGCAUAGUUAGAGAGAGACACGUUAUUCUCGCAUGCUGUAACCAAGUACUUCCUUACCCUGCAGUCGGAAAUUCAUUUAAAGGCCAUAAGAGUUAUUUAGUCAUUUAAGUUGCUUUCCAACAGCAGUUCAGUUCUAUCACAGUGCUCAGCUGCUACACGCAUGCCUUAUAUCUUGUAAAAAGAUUUUUACACAGUUCUGGUUAAGAAAACAUUUCCAAAGAAAUUUCUAUAUAUAUUUUAAUGGAAAUACAGUAUGUUUGUCCUUGUAAAACAGUGCACUCUGCUGUUGGGAGCUUUAGAAUUUUAUAUUAUAUAAUCCAAGAACGACUAUGAAAAAUCUGUAUUUGGAAGCCAUAAUAGAUGACCUCAUUGAAGAAAACUUAUACCAGUUCUC